AUGAGCUCCAAAAUAUACUAUUGUCUGGAGGAAAUCACUUUCUGUGAUUGCAAAUUCCUGGAGUCAUUGCCGAGCUUAGGCCAUUUGCCCAAUCUCUUGAGACUAGAAAUAAGUGGUGCUGAAAGGGUUAAGGAUUUUGACGUUACUUCAAACCACGUUGGUGGAAGAGCUGUAUUUCCAAAACUAGAAAAAUUGAAGUUGAUAGACAUGUUGAGCCUGGAGGAGUUUUUGUUUGAUGCAGGUAUAGAAACCAUGCCAUGCCUUCGAUGGUUAAAAGUCUCUUUCUGCCCGAAAUUAAGGGUGCUGCCAUUCUUUCCGGCUCUUGAAGAACUAAGUAUAAGAGGUGUGGAGGAAUGGAAAGGAUGGGCCAUCAAAAAGGAUGUAGAGAUGCCUUGUUUGAAAAGAAUGGAUAUUGAUGGCAGGCCUCGUUCAAAUCUGAAGUGCUUACCCAACUGUCCAAGUUUAGAGGACAUGACAAUUAGUCAUUGCCAUCAGCUGGCUGAAGAUUCUACAUUUAAAAUGGAGAAACUAAAGCACCUAGAGAUCAUCAAUUCACCUAAGCUAGCCCCAUUGCUUGAAGGGAUUCAAGAUAUGAAAGAACUGAAGUCUUUGGUUGUAUGUGGUAUGUCGAAGUUGCAACAAUUAUUGAAUAAAAGCCCCCUUGAUUUGCACAAACUUGAGUCUGUGAGAAUCAAGGACUGCCACAAAUUGGUUUCACUUCCACAUGGAUUGCACCUCAACAGAUUGAAGAAAUUGGCCUUAAAGGAUUUGCCUCAACUUACUUCCUUACCUUCUAUGCUUUUGGAUAACAUGAAAGCGCUAGAAGUGCUGGAACUUGGUCCGAACGUCCAUUUCACAGAAGGGCAUGGGCUACUGCAGAACCUGAAUUUCUCAAGGCUUAGGUGUCUCAAAAUAUUUGGCUUCCAUGAACUUGGAACAGAGUGGCUCAGGUGCAAAAUGAAAAACAUGGACCAACUGGAAGAGCUAGUUAUAGAAGAUUGUCCUAAGCUGGUGUCUAUUUCAGAUGUGUUGAAACAUUAUUCCCUUCCCAAACUUCGAAUUAUGCACAUUGCUUGCUUAUCUAGUUACAGAGUUCAUACUAGGCAAUGGAGAAGGUCGCUCACAUGCUCAUUGGUCAUGAACUCCUUCAGGAUGUGCAACCAACUGAGUGGGUUGGUAAACUUGAGUAGCAGGUUGGAUGCCUUAAUCAUCAAUUUGUUCCCUGGUCUUGACUCACUGCCAGAUUGGAUACAACAACUUCAUCAACUGGAGUACUUGGUAAUCGAGGAUUCUGAAAAUCUUACUCAUUUACCGAACUGGUUGAGCAAAUUAUCCAAACUCAAACGCUUUCGGCUGACUCGUCUGCUGGAGCUAAGCAGUCUACCCGAUGCAGUGGGAAGCCUCCGCCAACUUGAAGGGCUUUACAUCCAUUCAUGUCCGAAACUGAAUUUCCUGCCAAAUGGGGUUCAGCAUCUCUCAAGGCUUCAUUAUCUGUAUAUCUCUGAUUGCAAUGCUUUAGUUGAGCGCUGCCAAAAGGAAGAUAGGCACAAGAUCUCCCAUAUUCCUGAUUUAUUUCUUGUGUAA